UUUUGAUCACAAAUGUUUAUUAAAAAUCGUAAGAAUCAGCAUUGGAAGUUUAGUGUAUCACCGGUUCGCUAUAGCUUUGAAAAAGUUUGAUAAAUUACGGAACGAGAAUGUCAUCCACCGAAGUUUCGGAUGCGGAUGGGGUUGUUAUCGAGGAACUGGACGAACUGCAAUUGGAUCCACGAGAGCUGUCUCAGUUCGUGGAAGCAAGUUCCAUACCACUCCCCGGCGAGCCUGGUAUGUCUAUUAUCAUACCACCACGUCGUCGGUCCCGUCGUUCUACUGUGGGCUCGGUUCCCUCCGAGUCAGAAACGGACGAUGAGAGUCCACAGCAAAAAGAGAUGUGGAUUAAGAAAUUUGUGAACGGUGAGAUUAGUUACACUGAGUAUCAAUCCAAGAUGCAAAUGAAGGGAGAUCUGGAGCUCGAGGAUGAGGAAAUAGGACCGAAACGGAAGACAACCAAGAAGUCGACCGUGUUCGAUAAGGAUUACAGUUGCGCAAGAAGGGACGCAUUGAAGGGAAACUUUCAGGGGCCGCAGCAUGUGAAAGUCGACGGCAAGGUCUCAAUGAAACGUAUCAGAAGAUUUCUUCCACCUGCUUUGCAAGGUUUGAUGGGACAAGCUAAUUUGUGUUACGCAAGAGGCGACACGGAAAUGGCUAAACAGUUGUGCUUGGAAAUUGUCAGACAAGUACCACUGGCUCAUGAACCAUUUAUUACCCUAGCGCAGAUUUACGAAACCGAAGAUCCUGAAAAAUAUUUACAAUUUUCGUUGAUUGCUGCUCACUUGAACCCCUCGGAUGUUGAGCAGUGGGUUCGGAUUUCUGAGAUCUCCGAGGAGCAGGGUAAUAUUGAUCAAGCCUUGAUGUGCAACGCUCGGGCGAUAAAGGUGGAUCCGAAAAACUUCGAUUUGAGAAUGAAAAGAGUUCAACUGCUCGAGAAAAAGGGCGAAGAAAAACAAGCUUUUAGGAGUUAUUUUGCAAUGCUACCUUAUAUUCCCAAAGAGCGGGGAGAGUUUCUCGUUGAAACCGCGAAACGUUUGGCAAAGAAGUUUCAUGAAGACAACAAUAUAGUGGCGGCUAUGGAAUCAAUGAAUAGAGCCUACGUGACGGUACCGGAACUAUUUAGUGUGGAAGAUACUAACCUUUUUUUGGAAUUGUUGAUCUCAACUGGGAACUAUCGACGGGCUUUGGAUGUGUUGAUGGCACAUACUGACGUAGAAGUACACGAAAUAAUCAAUGAGACUGGAGAAAACUCAAGUAAUCAUUCGAUUUAUACAGUGGUUAUCCCUGCGGAAAUGAUCUUGGAUUUCAGAACCAAGCUUGCGGUUGUGUUGAUUCAUUUAAAGUGCGAACACUUGUUCGAUAUGAUUGUUCAAAAUAUUUUCGAUCACAUAAAUGUUGAGGAAGCGGGAGAUUGCUAUCUAGAUAUUGCUGAAUCGCUGAUGAAGGAAGAGCACUAUCACUUCGCAUUGAGACUGUUGGUGCCCUUGAUAAAAAGUGAAAAUUUCUCGCUGGCUGCUGUUUGGUUACGAUAUGCUGAUUGUUUACGUGCAAUCGGUGAUUACAAUGAGUCUAUCAAGGCCUACAAAAAGGUCGUUUCGUUGGCACAGCACCUGGAUGCCCGAUUGACACUUUCAGCGUUGCUGAAGCAGCAAGGCAAUUAUGACGAGGCUUUGAAAGCACUGGAGCAGGAUCCGGUAACAGAUGUGAUGGAUGUUGAGUUGCUAUAUGAGCGUUGUCUUAUGUUGAAAGAAAUCGGUCGAUUCGAUGAGUUUCUGUCGUCUGGUUUUAUGCUUCUGAUGCGACAUUGUAUCCCACUGAGGAGUCGGCUGGAAAUGGGGGCAGCCAUCACGGUCGUUCGUUACAGUGACAUGGUAAAAAGCAUCGAGGAAAUAAAAGCCUCCAGUCGCGAUAAUUGUGAUGAAAUUAUGCCGGAAUUUUCACGUUCGGAAAACGAGCCAUCCGCUGAGACGGAGUGGGAACUUGUUUUGAGUUUGUUGCAAGUGGCAGAUUACAUGAAAAAUUAUGUUUACUUCCAAAAGUUGAUUUUUACACUCUGUACCGCGAAGCGGUUUCAGGUUUACCGUUCCGAGUUAUUAUGCUUGGCGCUGUAUGCUUGUCUAUACAACAGAGAUCCGGCUUUUGCGUACAAUUUGAUCCGAGACCGCGUUAAUCGCGAAAAGAACCUCAACAAUCCUAAACUGUGGAAUCUUUUCAAUAUAGUCGUUCUGGUAACCGGUGACAUACGCUACAAUCGAUAUCUAAUGCGAUUGUUUGAGCGAGUCCCAAAUAUUGAUCCAAAUGUACGGAUUUUGCAAGCAAAUUAUCAUUUAAACGCUGGUACAUACAAAUACGCUCUGAAUGACUACAGCAAAAUAUAUCAGAAAACAGGGGAUCCGAUACAUGCGAUGCUCAUUGCGGUCACACUAACCCAGAUCGCGUGCCAAAAGUUUACCAACAAAAAGCAGGCGGUGGCAUCGCAAGCUAUUGCUUUCAUGGACAAAUAUCGUAAAGGUAGAACUGCGGAGGUGGCCAACGAAAUUCACUAUAACGUAGGACGGAUGUAUCAUCAGCUGGGACUGCACAGUAUGGCGGUGGAACACUACAAAAAAGCUCUGAAGGUGACCAACCAGUUGAUCAAAGACAAUGCACAGUAUUUGGAUCUGCGGGCUGAGAUCGCUUUCAAUUUAAGCAGUAUUUAUAGGAGCAACAAUAAUUUUGAUUUGGCUAGGAAAUAUCUUUUCGAAUAUAUUGAGGUUUAACUAAAGUUCCGUUCACUGA